AUCUGAGAGGAGAACGAGUGGGGGAGAGACAGAGACAGGGAAAAAAAAGAAAAAAAAAACAACUUUAUGUCGGAGAUUUAAAAAAAGGGAAAAGAUUAGGCGAGCCGCCGCACUUUCCGAAAGGCAAUACUCUACUGUUACACACCGUAGUGUGGCAUGGAUUAGCCAAGCGACUGGACGCACAAGGCCAAGAGAAGAUAGACACCCGUCUUUUACGCCUGUGAGAGCCUUCGGCCACCACAGCAGGCUCUGUACCUUUUGCCUUCUCCUUGCUGGCCCUGCAAUAGCAAGCAGCUUUUGAGUACAAGUGCGCUGGUCCCUGUCGUCCCUCAUUUCCCAGAACUGCUCCAUUUCCAGGCGCGGCUGUGAACCAGCGACAUCCCGCUCUCUCCAGGCCUUCCUGAGAGCUGGCAGCUGCUUCCUGCCUCCUUUUCCUGUCCUUGGUGGCGCAAGGCUAAUCCCCCUCCCCGCCCCCUCGCACACACAAACACGCACACACACUCACUCACACACGCUCACACACACACCCCAUCACCGCCGCCGCAGACUGCCGCGAGGACUCGUGGAGUCCCUUCUUCCUGGUGCGACGCAGCGCUAUGACCUCCAUGUCCAGCCUGUUCUCCUUCACCAGCCCGGCCGUCAAGCGGCUGCUGGGGUGGAAGCAGGGCGACGAGGAGGAGAAGUGGGCCGAGAAGGCGGUGGACGCCCUGGUGAAGAAGCUGAAGAAGAAGAAGGGUGCCAUGGAGGACCUGGAGAAGGCCCUUAGCAGCCCCGGCCAGCCCAGCAAGUGCGUGACCAUCCCCCGCUCGCUGGACGGCCGCCUCCAGGUGUCCCACCGCAAGGGCCUGCCCCACGUCAUCUACUGCCGCGUGUGGCGCUGGCCCGACCUGCAGUCCCACCACGAGCUCAAGCCCCUGGAAGUGUGCGAGUACCCCUUCGGCUCCAAGCAGAAGGAGGUCUGCAUCAACCCCUAUCACUACAAGCGUGUGGAGAGCCCAGUGUUGCCCCCGGUCUUGGUGCCCCGGCACAGCGAGUUCAACCCCCAGCACAGCCUCCUGGUCCAGUUCCGCAACCUGAGCCACAACGAGCCGCACAUGCCGCUGAACGCCACCUUCCCGGAGUCCUUCCAGCAGCACAGCGGGGGCGGCUCCUUCCCCAUCUCCCCCAACUCGCCCUACCCGCCCUCGCCUGCCAGCAGCGGCACCUACCCCAACUCGCCCGCCAGCUCCGGGCCCUCCAGCCCCUUCCAGCUGCCAGCUGACACCCCACCCCCAGCCUACAUGCCCCCUGACGAGCAGAUGGGGCAGGACAGCUCUCAGUCUAUGGAGACGGGGAGCAGCAUGGUACCCCAGAAUAUGCCUCGAGGAGUAGAUGUCCAGCCAGUGGAGUAUGAGGAGCCCAGCCACUGGUGCUCCAUCGUUUACUAUGAGCUCAAUAAUCGCGUGGGCGAAGCCUACCACGCUUCCUCCACCAGCGUGCUGGUCGAUGGCUUCACCGACCCGUCCAACAACAAGAACCGCUUCUGCCUGGGCCUGCUCUCCAAUGUCAACCGCAACUCGACCAUCGAGAACACUCGCCGCCACAUUGGCAAAGGUGUCCACCUGUACUACGUUGGCGGGGAGGUUUAUGCCGAGUGCCUGAGUGACACCAGCAUCUUUGUCCAGAGCCGCAACUGCAACUACCACCAUGGCUUCCACCCCACCACCGUCUGCAAGAUCCCUAGUGGCUGCAGCCUCAAGAUCUUCAACAACCAAGAGUUCGCCCAGCUGCUGGCCCAGUCCGUCAACCACGGCUUCGAGGCCGUGUACGAGCUCACCAAAAUGUGCACCAUACGCAUGAGCUUCGUGAAGGGCUGGGGUGCUGAAUAUCACCGACAAGAUGUCACCAGCACCCCCUGCUGGAUAGAGGUGCACCUGCAUGGCCCCCUCCAGUGGCUGGAUAAAGUGUUAACACAAAUGGGCUCUCCUAUGAACCCCAUCUCCUCUGUUUCCUAAUGGUUGCUCGUAGAGGAGAUGGGUGUUUCUUUUUUUUAUUUUUCACUUUCCUUUUUUUAAUUUUACAUGUUUGAUUAUGAGAAAAGGAGGCCUAUACGGCAGAACUGUUUACACUACCUGCAGAAGGGGCCUCUGGUCCUAAAGCAGUCAGAAAGACGUGUAGAAAGACUCAGUGGCUACGGUCAAAUCUUGUAGCGGAAAACUCAAUGCGGUGGCACAGAAUGGAUGAACUACUGCAAAAAACAAACAACAAAAAACAUCGGAAACAAACUGUCGUCACUUGCUGCAUCUUGUCAGAGUAGGACUCUAUCAGAGAGCAGUUCACUUUUAAUUGUCUUUGUUUUUGCAUAAAAUUGCUUUGAAAUGAUGCUUGUAUGAGCGAUUUUUAGUCUCUUUCAGUAGAUUGUUCAGUAGUUGAAAGGAACUGAAAUAGUGUUUUCGUAUGUACCCCCUUCCCUACACCAACCAUUAAACAUUUUUUUGUUUUUGUUUCCUUUUUUCUGUAAGAAUCUUUUACUUGCUAUUUUGUCUAAUCCUAGCUAUUUACAACUAAGGCAUAGUUGUAGUUAUACAUUUACUAUUAGUCCCAGAACUCACUGCAAAGAUGUUCCUUUUUCGCACUCCUGUUGCAUUUAGACAGAACACUAAAUAAUGGCUUCCUUUAAAUAAAGUCCGUCUUAAACCUA